CUCAACUCAUCCUCUUUUCUCGUCACUCCAUCAUCAUGCUUAGUAGCUGGGAAGGCCGAUAUAUCAGACUUGAACUCAUCAGGGUAAACGAUCUUCCACUCCCUUCCGAGCGCAUACCUGCAGGUUUUUACGUCUCCAUUAAUGUUGAUUCGAGGAGGCGCUGGAAAUCACCCGUCCGAGUAUUAUCAUCCGACGAAUCUGAAGUGUUGGGCGACAUCGUGAUUUUGUCAUUAUGCGAGAUACCCAAAUUAUCGAUGGAGCUCAGAGUAUCCUAUGAGCUCGGUCGAAUGCUAGGCAAUGGGGAAGUCGUUGCAAAACUAGAAACGUUGUGGGAUGAGCUACUCGAUCGCGGAGAUCAGUCUUUCGACAUCUCCUUCCCACCCGUUGGUGACUAUCACCCUUCCCUUACUCUGAAGGCCGCCGUCAUACAUCCUUGCGAGAAUCAGAACAGCGCACUCUUUGACUCCAUCGUUGAAUGUGAUAUUGCUCGAUACACGGAUGCGGGCCAUGAACAAUUUGCCACAUACGUGGCAAGCAACACAGUCUCUCACCUGAACUAUGCUGUACAGCAUUUUCAGUUGGCCCUGGAUCAAUGUCAGGUCGGCCAUCCUGACCAGGCAGCGGCUCUUACCAACCUCGCGUGGGCUCGCCUCCAAUGCUACAUUCAAAACAAUCUUGAAGACAUCGACUCUAUCACUUCUCUCUUCCGCCAAGCCCUUGCAUUGCGUCCGCAGGGUCAUCCCGAUCACCCAUCAUCUAUCUGUCACCUCAUUCAAGCGUUGAUCUGGCGCUACAGCAAGGAGAACUUCACCGCCGUCUACAUCCACGAAUCCGCGCAACUGGCCUGCAAGCUAUUGCCCCUCUGUCCGGAGGGCACCUACCUUCGUAGCAUCGUGACAGGGGCAAGUGGCGUCGAUUUUGUGAUCCGCGCAUGUAAUAAUCUUUCAACCGACACAUCCGAUGAAUGCAUUCACCUUCGACGAGUCGUGCUCGAGCUCUGUCCUCUGGGCAGCGAAUACCGUCACAAAGCCCUCCAUGAGCUUGCACAGGCAGUAGAAGGUCGCUUCAAACAAUGUGGUAGCAUUGAUGAUCUAGACGAGUGCAUUCAACAUCGUCGCGAAGCCGUUUCUCUAUGCCCCGAGGGACAUCCUGAAUACGAGACCUACCUGAAUAACUUGGCCUUGUCACUCAAAAUACGCUUCGAUUACCAAUGCAACUCUCAUGACCUCAACGAGGCCAUCUCUUUGUACGAAGAGGCACUGCGCGUUGGGAACAAAUGUCGUGAAUUUUCAUUGGACAACCUAGGACUUGCCCUCCGCACCCGUUUCAACCAAUGUAAUGAGGUUAACGACAUCGUUAGAGCCAUCGGCCUCCAUCGCGAGGCAUUGAUAUUGUGCCCGCCUGGGAAUCCAUAUCAUGAUUACACGCUUAACAACCUUGCCCUUGCGCUUCAAACCAAAUCGGAUGCCAGCGAGGAUCUCAAUGAGGUCAUUGACCUGUACCGGGAUUCGCUUCUCUUUACGCGGCUUGACGAUCCAGAGCGCCACAUAAAUCUCCACAAUUUGAGCUCAGCGCUCCGUUCUCGUUUCACGCACACCCAGAAGAAUGAAGAUAUCGAGGAGGCCAUUCAACUGUGCCAAGAAUCAUUGGAGGCUUUGACUUCACUGCAUCCAGACAGAUAUUUCAGCUACAUGCUGUUGCAGGAAGCCUACUUGUCUCGUUACAGAGUGCAGUGCAAGUCUGCUGAUCUGUCACUCGCUGUAGAGAACUUCAGACUGGCAUCACGACAUCCCACUCAAGGAUUUCCGGAACGUAUCAAAGAAGCUGUAGAAUGGGCUCGCCAAGCAGAAGUUUAUCGACAUGACUCUGCCCUCGAAGCAUACCAAAUGUGCUUGCAGCUUUUCGACAACCACGUAAUGACACGAUCGACGAUUAUCUCACGGCGUGAGGCUACAACCGCUUUUCGCGGUGCACAAUCACUGCCAGUAGAUGCAGCCUCAUGUGCCGUACGUCGUGACAAUUUGCGAUAUGCAGUUGAACUCGUCGAACAGGGUCGUGGUCAGCAGUGGUCACUGGCAUCCCGACUCAGGACUCCGCUGGAAGAUCUCGAGUCCACGAAUUCCAACAUAGCUCAUACGUUCUCGGAGCUCAGCAAGUAUCUGGCUGAUGCUCAAGGUUCCACGGUCAGCACGGACGGAGCUACCGCUGAUCAGGCAGCAAUAGAGUACAGGAGGAUUACGACGCAAUGGGAAGCUACGGUAUCUGAAAUCCGUAAUCUUCAAGGUUUCUCGCGGUUCCUGCUCCCACCUUCAUACGAAGACUUGCAAGCGGCAGCGCGUCAUGGCCCAGUCAUCAUCCUCAUUGGGAGCCAAUACUCGUGCAGUGCCAUCAUUGUCCCGACAUCAGGAGAGCCCCGCCACGUUUCCUUCCCGCGCAUCACUCUCACACAUCUGGAGACGCUCAAGAAGGACUUUGCCAGGGAGAUACGGCAAGCAUCUCGCAUGCGUCCAGAAGAGACGAGGAAGGAAUUGCAGGCCCUCUUGCGGACAGUAUGGGACGAGAUCAUGCUACCCAUCGUCAUUGUCCUCCAACGAGAUCUCAGAUUAACGUGCCGCUCUCGAAUCUGGCUGUGUCCAACUGCAGCCUUCACUUCCAUUCCUCUCCACGCAGCUCACCCCUUUCGAACAAAGGCCGACAGCCGUGGGCGGGAACUAUGCCUGGAGGAUGUCUACAUCUGUUCUUACACGCCAACACUUUCAGCUCUGAUCAGAUCUAGACAGAUGAUGAAGACACGUGUGACUCCGUCCUUUGUGACAGUCGGACAAAGUUCACCGGGCGCGGGGCAAGGCGAGGCGCUCUUGACUAUCGACAGCGAGCUUGAGCUCGUCCGCGAACUUGUCCCCGCGACGGCUAACCCCAUCACUCUCUCCGGCGAUGACGCCACGCGAGCAGGUGCGCUCGACGCUUUGCAACGUAACACCUGGGUACACCUCGCUUGUCAUGGAAAGCAGGACCGCGAGCAGCCUUACAAUUCACGUUUCGCCAUGAGAGAUGAACCUCUCACGCUGCUUGACAUCAUGGAGAACGACACUCCUCACGCUGAGUUUGCAUUCUUAUCAGCAUGUCAUACCGCCGUCGGCGAUGAGGAGACACCCGACGAGGUCAUCCACCUCGCCGCUGGUCUCCAAUUUUCUGGGUUCAAGAGCGUCAUCGGCACUCUGUGGGUCGUUGAUGAUGCUGUCGUGAAGCAUGUGGUAAAAGCCUUCUACGAGAAUAUGUUCAGUGAUUCGAAGGACGGUGGUGUCAUGGACUAUACGAAAGCGGCCUGGGCACUCAACCGUGCUACAAACGCCGUGAAGACGAAAGUGCCGCUUGAGCAGAGGAUGGUUUUCAUUCAUAUUGGUGUGUAGUUCCAUGUCGUAUUGCUUUUGUCUGGUACGGUUCCACGGGUUUGUUUAUAUUGCUAUAUUUUUCGUCUACCAGUACUUUAAGUUGUAGGAAUUACCUCAUCUCUCUCGUCUUCUUAGUUUUCUCUACCUCACCUGACAACACUCAAUCAGUGUAAGUAAUCAUUGAGGAAGGUGUCUAUCAUUGAGAUAUCUAUAUCAGCCCUGGAAACUUC